GUGCUGUCUGAACAAACCAAUGACCAUAACGACAACGACCGCAGUGUUCAAAAAACAUUCUCAUUCCAUUUGUCAAAACCGUGCCUCCACCGCUCAAAAUACUGCAACCUGAUUAUUAUUAUUUUUUAAAAAUAAUAAUAAUCUCGCGGACCAGGCUGCAUCAAUCUCUUGUAAUUUUCUUGCGAUUUCUGAGAGCAGAUACAAUAUUCUAGCUGUCCAUCCAUGGAAGUGGAGGUCAAGCUUCGUCUCCCAGACUCCUCCUCCCACCAAAAGCUCUCCAACCUCCUCUCCCCCUUCCACACCAAAACCUUCUUCCAAGAAAACAUCUUCUUCGACUCCGCCAACUCCGACCUCUCCUCCAACCUCGCUGCCCUCCGCCUCCGCUUCUACGACCUCGAUUCCUACUGCGUCCUCUCCCUCAAGGCCAAACCCUUCAUCUCCGACGGCAUCGCCCGCAUCCAAGAGCACGAAGAACCAAUCGACCCCCUCAUCGGCCGCGCCUGCGUCGCCGACCCGUCGCGGUUCGCGUCCGUGGAAUCGAAGAUUUUGAAGAGAGUGCGGGAGGAGUACGGCAUUGAAGGGGACGGGCUUAUGUGUUUGGGCGGGUUUAGGAACGUGAGGGCAGUGUACCAGUGGAACGGAUUGAAAUUGGAGCUCGAUGAGACGAAAUUUGAUUUCGGGAUUUGUUACGAGAUUGAAUGCGAGAGCGCAGACCCGGAAAAUGCCAAGAAAUCGCUGGAAGGAUUGUUGAGGGAAAAUGGGAUAAGGUAUUCGUACUCGGAGGUUUCCAAGUUCGCGGUGUUUCGAUCAGGGAAGCUGCCAUAGGAAGCCAAUAGCGGCUGGAGCACAUUAUCAACACGAUCAAGUCUCUAAUAGUAUAGUAAAUUUCAUUGGUAUUAUUUUAAGGUAAGAAUCUUAUUUCAUUUAACAUUUGUUAUCUUUAUAACUUUAGUUUUUCGUCAAACUAUAUUUAUAUGUUAACUAUAUCUCUUAUCUUGGGUACGUGUCCUUAAAUAUUUUUAUGUUGGGACAUAUGUGAGAAUAACAUUUCCAUUUAAUAUUUACCUAACUUUGAAUUUU